CCGCCCCCUCCCCACCCCUAUCCUUUCCGCAGCUGGUUUCCCCCUCCCGCCUCCGACCACCCACGUCAUCACCACAGCGACCUCUACUCCACUCUGCCCCGCCGCCCAUGGCCGCCGCCGCCGCGGCGCUCGCGAGCUCCCCCAUGGUCCACCUCACGGCCUCCCGGCUCCGCCUCCCCAGGCCCGCCAGGUCCCCCGCGGCGGCGACGCCCUCACCCUCUCCCGCGUCCGCCGCGUGCUGCUCGAGGGGCGCGGCAUGCGGCUUGGAGUGGAGACCCAAGUCUGGGCUGAGGGCCCUGAGGCGGUGCGAGGACCGGCUGCGGUGCUUCUCCAUCGACGGGGGAGGGGGUGGGGGCGGGGGUGGCGGCGGAGGAACGGGCGGGGAGGACGGGGAGAAGCGGGGCGAGGAGGAGGCGGCGGCGGCGGCGGAGGCGAAGGUAGGUGGCGCGGUGGAGGAGAUGAGAUCCGAGCGGACCCGCUCCGGUAGCUUCUCUUCGUCCUCGUCGUCGUCGUCAGGGACACCCGGUAUAUCCAAUGAGCCACCAUUUUUGAGCUUCAGUGUUGAUAACAUCGACACAGUAAAGUUAUUGGAACUCCUAGGGCCCGAAAAAGUUGAUUCAGCUGAUGUCAAGGCUAUUAAGGAAAAACUUUUCGGCUACACAACAUUCUGGUUGACAAGAGAAGAACCUUUUGGUGAUCUUGGGGAAGGGGUCCUUUUUAUUGGGAACCUCCGAGGGAAGAGAGAAGAAAUAUUUGCAAAACUUCAACAGCAGUUACGUGAACUCACAGGUGACAAAUACAAUCUUUUUAUGGUGGAGGAGCCCAAUUCAGAAGGGGAAGACCCACGUGGAGGACCACGUGUUAGUUUUGGUUUGCUCAGAAGAGAAGUUUCAGAACCUGGACCUACUACAUUGUGGCAAUAUGUCAUUUCACUGUUACUUUUCCUUCUAACUGUGUUCUCUUGUGUUGAGCUAGGAAUUGCAUCAAAGAUUAGCAGUCUUCCACCAGAGAUUGUUACAUAUUUCACUGAUCCAAAUGCUACUGGACCCCCACCUGAUAUGCAACUCUUACUUCCAUUUGUGGAAUCAGCUUUGCCGGUGGCUUAUGGUGUCUUGGCUAUCCAACUAUUUCAUGAAGUUGGUCACUUUUUGGCAGCAUUUCCAAAGAAGGUUAAACUAAGCAUUCCUUUCUUCAUUCCGAACUUCACUCUAGGAACUUUUGGCGCAAUUACUCAGUUCAAAUCCAUUCUGCCGGAUAAGAAGACAAUGUUUGACAUAUCAAUGGCUGGUCCUCUUGCUGGAGCUGCACUUUCUUUCUCAAUGUUCUCUGUAGGCUUGUUGCUCUCCUCAAAUCCUGCUGGGGCAAGUGAUUUAGUUGAAGUACCUAGCAAGCUAUUCCAGGGUUCCUUGUUGCUCGGACUUGUUAGCAGAGCAACACUUGGCUACAGAGCUAUGCAUGCUGCUACAGUUGCUAUCCACCCUCUUGUGAUUGCAGGCUGGUGUGGUUUAACGACUACUGCCUUUAAUAUGCUUCCUGUUGGAUGUCUUGAUGGUGGAAGAGCUUUACAGGGUGCUUUCGGCAAGGAUGCGUUGUUUGGAUUUGGCUUGACAACAUACUCAUUGCUUGGACUCGGGGUGCUUGGGGGGCCACUAUCUCUUCCUUGGGGCUUAUACGUGCUAAUAUGUCAGAGAACACCUGAAAAGCCCUGCUUGAAUGAUGUGAGCGAUGUCGGAACGUGGAGGAGAGCAGCAUUGAUAGUUUCAGUGUUUCUUGUUGUAUUGACUCUCAUUCCACUCUGGGAUGAACUUGCAGAGGACCUAGGUGUAGGACUUGUGACUUCUUUCUGAGAUGAACUUACCGGUAGAGUUAGGCCAUGAUGCAAGUCAAUUUUGUAUGCGCUUGUAGUAUCCAUAGUGAAAUUGUUGUAAAGGCGUGCGAAAUUCCGCUUCUAAGUGAAAUGUUGACCUACUGAGAUGAGCCAUUUCCUUCCUAUGGCCAGAGCAGUUGUGCAUCCGAAAUAUUGCCGUUUGUUCAAAAUACAGUAAUUUUGAAGGUUGAUGUACAGUAAUUCUUUUAGACGCAACUACAGUAAUAUUGAAUGUUAAUUGUUAUUUUUUGGCACGA